UGUGUAUAUAUAUUUUUAGAGAGAGAAAGGGAAAAAAAAGAAAAGAGAAUGAAAUGAAGAAGAAAGAAAAAUUCAAUUGAAUCGAAUACAAUUUUGACGUCCGCAAGGACACAAACACUCUCUUUCUCUCUCUAAACAUUCUCUCUCUGGGUACUACCGCAGCAGAGAAAAACAGGGCAAAGCAAAACAACUCAUACUACUGAUAGAGAGAGAAAGGCCCCCCUCAAAAAAAAAAAAAAAAAAGAAAAGAAAUUAUAAACCCCCCAAAAAAGAAGCCAAAACUUAAAAAAGGUUAGAUUUUUGAUAAUACUGAGCAAGCAAAACCCUAGAGUUAGUUUAGGAGAGACCCUUUUGGACGUUAAAUAAAACUUCUUCCUCUUCUUCUUCUCUAUUCAAUAAAAGGAGACUUCCGUUUAUGUGGGUUUUGUUUUUUCUUUUGAUGAUUAUAGAGAUUUUCUUUUUUUGCUUUUGAUUAGAGAGAAAAAAUAAAUCUUUGCUGCUUGCUUCACUGUUCUCUCUCCGACUACAGUUAAUUUACACUGCGGAGAUUUAUGCGAGGGGCAAUACAAGAUUGCUGGUCUUGUGAGGAUUUAAUGACUCUAGGAUGUUCAGAACCAAAGCAUGUUCCUUUGCUUUUGUUUACUUUCUUCUGCUGCUUGUGUUUGGUAAAAAGCAAUACCAUCUGCUCAGGCAUAAAACCUACUCAUUUCGAUUGGUGCACAAUAAGGAAUUUGAAGUCUGCAGAUGUGGAGUUGAAUGCUUAGUAGGUUCAGCUGUUCGCGGGCUUUAUUCUGAUUGUUGAUGUAAUUUUAGGUUUAUUAAAUUCAUGGUGUUUUAGAUAGUUGUAAUAUUUCAAAGAGUGUUUUUAGAUUGUGAUUCUUGAUAAAAUGGUACCCUCGGGGCCGCCUACACCGAUUGGUGGUGCCCAGUCUGUUUCUCCUUCACUUUUGAGAUCGAAUUCAGGGAUGCUAGGAGCUCAAGGAGGUGCUCUUUCUUCUCAAACUGCAUUUCCUUCACUAGUGUCUCCGCGCACUCAGUUCAAUAAUAUGAAUAUGCUUGGAAAUGUACCCAAUGUAUCCUCCUUCCUCAAUCAGUCUUUUGGAAAUGGUGGUCCAAACCCAGGGCUUUCUGGUCCUGGGAGCAGCCAGCGUGGAACUGUUGACAGUGGGGCUGAGACAGAUCCACUUUCAGGUGUUGGUAGUGGAAUGGGUUUCAAUGCUCCUUCAUCGUCAUUUGUACCAUCAAAUAUGGUUAGUCCUGGUCCAUCUGGUCAAGUUCAGGGACAGCAAUUUUCAAACCCUUCUGGCAACCAGUUGUUGCCAGAUCAGCAGUCCCAACAACUUGAAGCUCAAAGCUUCCAGCACGGUCAGCAAGCAAUGCAACAGUUCUCUGGCCCUCAUAAUACCCAGCAGGUGCAGCAGCAACACCAAUUUCAGGCAAUUCGAGGAGGAUUAGGUGGGGUUGGACCUGUCAAGUUGGAACCUCAGGUGACAACCGACCAACAUGGAGCACAGCAACAGCAAGCGCAACAGCUGCAGCCAUUGAGAAAUCUCGGUCCAGUCAAAUUGGAGCCACAACAAAUUACUAUGAGAAGUUUACCACCGGUAAAACUGGAACCCCAACAUUCAGAUCAGUCAUUGUUUCUGCAUCAACAGCAGCAACAACAGCAGCAGCAGCAACAACAACAACAACAGCAGCAGCAGUUCCUGCACAUGUCAAGGCAGUCUUCUCAGGCUGCUGCUGCACAAAUCAAUCUUUUACAUCAACAGAGAAUAAUUCAGAUGCAACAUCAGCAACAUCAAAUUUUGAAAUCAAUACCAUCGCAACGUCCUCAGUUAUCACAGCAAUUUCAACAGCAGAAUUUGCCUCUGAGGCCUCCAGUGAAACCAGCAUAUGAACCUGGGAUGUGUGCUCGUCGUCUUACACAUUACAUGUAUCAGCAACAGCACAGACCUGAAGACAACAAUAUUGAAUUCUGGAGGAAAUUUGUGGCGGAGUACUUUGCUCCUCAUGCAAAAAAAAAGUGGUGUGUUUCAAUGUAUGGAAGUGGCAGACAAACAACUGGUGUUUUCCCUCAGGAUGUAUGGCACUGUGAAAUCUGCAAUCGCAAGCCAGGCCGUGGCUUUGAGGCGACUGUUGAGGUUCUUCCUAGGCUUUUCAAAAUCAAAUAUGAAAGUGGUACCUUGGAAGAGCUUCUUUAUGUUGAUAUGCCCCGUGAAUAUCAGAACUCUUCCGGUCAAAUUGUACUGGACUAUGCAAAAGCAAUACAGGAAAGUGUUUUUGAGCAACUUCGUGUUGUCCGUGAUGGUCAGCUGCGGAUAGUCUUUUCUCCAGACUUGAAGAUAUGCUCAUGGGAGUUUUGUGCUAGGCGGCAUGAAGAGCUUAUCCCCAGAAGAUUGUUAAUCCCACAGGUCAGUCAGCUUGGUGCUGCAGCUCAAAAAUACCAGGCAGCUACUCAAAAUGCAUCUUCCAAUGUGUCUGUCCCAGAGUUGCAAAAUAAUUGUAAUCUGUUUGUUGCAUCAGCUCGGCAACUGGCAAAAGCCUUAGAAGUGCCAUUGGUGAAUGAUUUAGGAUAUACAAAGAGAUACGUGAGGUGUCUGCAGAUAUCUGAAGUGGUAAAUAGUAUGAAAGACUUGAUAGAUUACAGCCGAGAAACAAGGACUGGACCUAUGGAGAGUUUGGCAAAGUUCCCUAGGAGGACAAGUGCCUCAUCUGGGCUUCAUAGUCAAUCUCAACAGCCUGAGGAACAACUGCAGCAGCAGCAGCAAACAAUGCCCCAGAACUCAAACAGUGAUCAAAGCUCCAUCCAGGCUGGUGGUAUGCAAAUUGCUGCUAGCAAUGGUGUGUCUAGUGUAAAUAACUCCAUCACUACAGCAUCUGCAUCUACCUCUGCCAGUGCUAUUGUUGGGCUUCUCCACCAGAAUUCUAUGAAUUCAAGACAACAAAGUUCUCUGAAUAAUGCAAGCAGCCCAUAUGGAGGAAAUUCUGUUCAGGUUCCAUCUCCUGGGUCCUCUAGCACAAUUCCGCAGGCACAACCUAAUCCUUCUCCUUUCCAAUCGCCGACGCCUUCCUCAUCCAACAAUCCUACACAAACAUCUCAUAGUGCCUUAACAGCUGCAAAUCAUAUUAGUUCUACAAAUUCACCGGCAAAUAAUCCAUUGCAACAGCCAGCUCUUUCUAGUGAUGCUGACCAUAGUGAUUCUCAAAGCUCUGUUCAGAAAAUCAUACAUGAAAUGAUGAUGUCCAACCAACUUAAUGGCACAGGUGGUAUGGCUGGGGUUGGCCCUUUGGGCAAUGAUAUGAAGAAUGUUAAUGGAAUCUUGUCAACAAGUAACAAUGGGGUUGUCAAUGGAGGAAAUGGCCUGGUGGGGAAUGGGACAGUUACUAAUUCUGGAAUUGGUGGCGGUGGAUUUGGCCCCAUGGGUGGCGGGCUCGGGCAAUCUGCCAUGAUUAAUGGAAUUAGAGCUACAAUGGGAAAUAAUUCCAUGUUGAAUGGCCGGGUGGGGAUGCAAUCGAUGGUUCGAGAACCAAGCAUGAAUCAUCAACAGCAGGAUUUGGGAAAUCAACUGCUUAGUGGGCUAGGAGCUGUUAAUGGAUUUAAUAAUCUUCCGUUUGAUUGGAAACCAUCCCCUUGAAGGCUCCAUCAAUGAUACUGAUGUUUCAGUACUUUGAUUGUAGCUGCUUGUGCAGCAUGAGCGUGGGCAGAAUUUCCUAUAGCCCUGGCAUCGCACGACGGACUAGUUAUCAGGGCUGACCUGCCACCUUGUACUAAUUUCAGAGAAAAAGUAAAACAUAUAGCAUAGUGUUUUAUCAAUGAAAUGUUAAAUCCUCUUUGAGUUGCUUCA